AUGUUUUUCAGAGAAGUCCAAUCUUUACACACAUCAGAGAUCUCACAGGGGGGAAGAAGCCAUAUUCCUGUCCUGAGUGUGGGAAAAUUUUUACAAGUAAGUCCGGUCUUACACACACAUCAGAGAUCUCACACGGGGGAGAAGCCAUAUUCCUGUCCUGAGUGUGGGAAAUGUUUUUCACAGAAGUCCAUCUUUACACACAUCAGAGAUCUCACGGGGGAGAAGCCAUAUUCCUGUCCUGAGUGCGGGAAAUGUUUUACAGUGAAGUCCAGUCUUUACAGACAUCAGAGAUCACACACGGGGAAGAAGCCGUAUUCCUGUCCUGAGUGUGGGAAAUGUUUUUCAGUGAAGUCCAGUCUUUCCAUACAUCAGAGAUCACACAGGGGGAGAAGCCGUAUUCCUGUCCUGAGUGUGGGAAAUGUUUUUCAGAGAAGUCCAGUCUUUACAGACAUCAGAGAUCUCACACGGGGGAGAAGCCAUAUUCCUGUACUGAGUGUGGGAAAUGUUUUUCAUGAAGUUCCAAUCUUUUCACACAUCAGAGAUCUCACACAGGGGAGAAGCCAUAUUCCUGUCCUGAGUGUGGGAAAGGUUUUUCCAGAAGAAGUCCCGUCUUUACAAACAUCAGAGAUGUCACACGGGGGAAAAGCCCGUAUUCCUGUCCUGAGUGUGGGAAAUGUUUUUCAAGUAACUUCAAUCUUUCCAAACAUCAGAGAUCUCACACGGGGCAGAGAAGCCACUUUUCCUGUCCUGAGUGAGGGAAAUGUUCCUCGCUGA